AUGGCACAGUCGGGUGCAAGUGAGCCAGGUUCAGGCAACGCGACCCCCUUGAGUCCUGGCCUCUCAGCCCUUGCACAAAAGGAGAUGGAGUGGGCGAACGCAGGGGAGAAAUUAGCGGACGUGCUGCUCAGGUGUAUCGCCAAUAACUAUACGCGCAUUAAAGAUGUGGAGCGGGAGCUGGGUGGGCUGCAGAUGCAGCUCAAGCUCAGCACAGGACCCAAAAAGUCGGCCCUGAUGAUGAUCAGGAAGAAAAUAGAACUGCAGAAUGAGCGCGUGCUGGCAGCGAGGGAUCGCCAGAGGGCAGCCAAGAAGGUGUAUGAGACAGCAGAGGAGGCCUUGAAGGCAGAGGAGCAGGUGAAGGAGCGCCUGUGCCAGGAGCUGAAUCUGCUGGUCCAACAGUCAGCGCAUGCACAGCUGGAGAAGCUUGAGCAGCUGACGGAGCGCUUGGAGCGGAUGAACCAGUCGGUCGGGCACAGCAGCGACAAGGAGCGACAGCAGGAGGAGGAAGUGACAAACUUAGUCAUGGAGUCCCUGCGGAGGGUGCCAGCUCCCCAGCAGCCAACCCCACCCGCAGCUGCCGCAGAGGAAGCCCUGCCAGCGGGCCCCGCAGCAGCGACGGAGCCCCUGGUGGCCACGGCUGGGGAUUACACACCGGCCGGCGAACCCGCCGUGUCCAGGGCCGCAUCCCCCGCAGCUGGUGCUGCGAGUCAGCUCCCUGCAGGAGCCGACGCGUCGCCGCAGCACAGCAGGCAGGCCAGGCAGCAGCCCCAGCCGCAGCAGAGCACGCCCAGGAAGCCGACGCUGCAGACUGCGGCCGGCAGCGGCAGCGCGGCGGCCAGCCCCGCGCAUGCUGCGGCCGCGCGCGCCCGGCAUGUGCCGCUAGCUCCGGUUGCCAAAACAGUCGCGGCAGCGCCGGCUGCGGCUGCGGUUGCGCCGCGGCCCCCGCCCAGCUCAGGGUUCCGGGGGUUUGACACCUGA